GGUGUACGUAAGGAAAAGGAGUAACUAACUUAACGUCAACAACAGGUUGGUAGAGAACCAAGUUGCCAAGUUGCAGUACUUGAAAAGAAAAGCAAAGAAUCUUCUAAAGAUUUUGCUAGAAACCCAUGCCAAUAAAACAUUAAUUAGUAAGAUUAAGCAAUGAAAUUUAAUUUGCAGUGAACCGACUGGCACUACUGUUCAAGAAGACAAGAAAAUAUCAACAAUUACUGUAGAUAGCAUUCGGCAAGAAACUAUGCAUCGCUUGAUCCAGAAGAUGAGGCCUUACCUUCUUGCUUGGCUUCGCCGAUCUCGAUCUGGUCCAGCAUCGUUAGUGAGGCGCUUGUCGUACAAAGACAUGAAGAGGGCAACGGAUGGUUUUCGCCGGAUAAUAUAUAGCAAUACUCAUGGGGCAGCCUACAGGGCUAGAUUUCAAGAUGGCGAGGUUGCGUUGGUGAAGGAAGUAAAAGACUUGAAUCAAGGAAAGGACAAGUUUUUCAAGGAAGUUCAACUUUUGGGGCAGUUGCAUCAUCGCCACCUUCUUGCACUUAAAGGCUUUUCCAUAGGAUGUAAAAGGUUGCUAGUGUUUGACAAUAUAGAAAAUGGAAGCUUGAAGGAACAUCUCAAUGAUCCUCUUAAAACUCCCUUAAAUUGGAAUACAAGGUUACAAAUAGCCAUUGGUGUAGCAGCUGCAUUGGAAUAUUUGCUUCUCUUCAGCAACCCACCAAUAUAUCAUGUUUCCAUCAGCGCAAGUAAUGUAAUGCUAGAUGAAAACUACACUGCAAAGAUCUCUGAUGUCGGCCUUCUUAAUUCCGUUGGAGAUUAUGUAACAAUGCCUCAUUCCUCGAAUUCAGAAGAUUGUAUGGACCAUGCAUGUGGAAACUUAACUUUUCAGCUUGGUGUGCUAAUCCUGGAGCUGAUAACUGGUCAAUCAUCAGAAAAAGGAAGCACAGAUUUAAUCCAGUGGAUCCAAGAGUCCCGUUUCCGCAGUUCGAUUCAAAAGAUGAUUGAUCCUGAUCUAGGAAACAAUUACGACUCCAGAGAGCUUAAAAAUCUUCUAGCUGUAGCAAGAUUGUGUAUUAAAUCUGGGGAUAAGCCAAAAUUCUCUAUUCCCCAGAUAUUUAGGUAUCUCCAGAAGGUAGAAAAUACAUGCGAGUAAUGUCUGCACUCUCAGACACCUUUUAAAUGAAAUUAUUUUAUUGGUUGAAA